AACGAAUUCAUUGGCGAUUGGCAUGCCGGUGUAUCCGUGUAUCCUACCUCGUCCUGUUGAAAGAAAGCAAGUCCAAAAGCUGGCACGAUCAAGGCAAACAAGGUGUCAGAUGCAGAGGUGCUCAACUCUUUAUCUCAUAUCUUUAACAUCGACAUCUCAAAAAGGGAUACAAAACUCACAGACCAAAACUAAAGCUACCAAGAACCAUUAAGAUGCCCGGAGCACAGCAGCUAAGGAAGACACUUGACGGCCUCAAUCGUCUCUGUCACAACGGAGUGAACAGUAUUACUGCAUUGGGAGGAAACCGUCAUUUAAGCUGGCCUAUCUAUCCUUCCAAAACAAAAAUGGCUGUCGCCUGUUCUCAUAUGCAUAGCUUCCAAACAGUCUUUUUGACUUUGGAAACAUUGCGUGAGGAUGCCUCGGUUGUUGACAUUGAGUUUGUUGACUUGCUUGUUGACGGCAGCCGUCGGUGCAAAAAGGAGAAGAUCCGCGCUGUGCGAGACCUGAUCAUUGACACGUCCACACCUUCUGGUGGCGCACCGGUAUACCGUCCUCGCAAUACUGCAGCGCGCCAAUGGCAAAACAUUGAACUUGUGGAUACUGUCAGUACCAAAGAAAAAUACAGAGAAUACAAGGAACAGAAGGGGGCGUUUCUUGAUGCUUUGAGAGGAUACAGCCAGGAUCAUACUACAUUGCCAUUGUCCUUUCGCCUGAAGAUAGAACUAUAUCCAUCGAUGGACUUAUUCGCAAUCCUUCAGAUCUUUCAAGAACUGAUCCAUGAUGAAUCAGUGGAAUCAGUGGAGUUUCCAGAGUUUCUGUACAACAUGGAGAAAAGUGAAAUUGCAGAGAGACUGGUCUCUCAGCUCGAUCCAGUAACCCUCGCUUGGAGAGGAAAACCUUUGGAGCUUUUUGUUUCAUUUGCUGACGACCACACCAUGAUCGCUUCUCAGCCACAGCAACAUGAUCAGCGUCGUCGUUCCGCCAAGGUCUUCUUCGGUGUCCUGCAAUCCAUUGAAGAAGAAAGCGAGUCGAGCUUCGAAGCACCGUCGCAACGACCAGUUACUCCUUUCAAAGAGUUCUUGAAGGAAUGUGUCGCCGAGUUGGAAAGACUACUGUUCACACGCUCUCAUGUCCUCCGUUGCAGUGGAAGCAAGGAGCUCUCGGUUCUGUCUUCGAUCAACAGCAGCUUGUCAACCAUUGACUUUUAAAAACCGAAGUUGAUGCUGGUGGUUGUGCUUCUUGCGAACAUGCGGGUUCACCUCGUUCAGAACAAUCUCUUUGGAUUACUCCCGCGAGUUGGCCAGUCAGGGAAUGAUUCCUGGUUCCCCAAAAUUAUUAUAAUUGAAUGUAUUUCCUACAGACCCACACAAUAAGAGCAUCUUCUACCGUACCAUCAGAUUUCGUUUAGAUUGGGUCAUUUGAACA